GCCAAGAAGUACGCGAUGGAGCAGAGCAUCAAGAGCGUGCUGGUGAAACAAACCAUCGCCCACCAGCAGCAGCAGCUCACCAACCUCCAGAUGGCAGCAGUGACAAUGGGCUUUGGAGAUCCUCUCUCACCUUUACAAUCGGGCUUUGCCUUUGUGGAAUACGAGGUUCCUGAGGCUGCCCAGCUGGCCCUGGAGCAGAUGAACUCUGUCAUGCUGGGGGGAAGGAACAUCAAGGUGGGGAGGCCCAGCAACAUCGGGCAGGCUCAGCCCAUCAUUGACCAGCUGGCAGAGGAGGCCCGAGCCUUCAACCGCAUCUACGUGGCCUCGGUGCACCAGGACUUGUCCGAUGAUGACAUCAAGAGCGUGUUUGAGGCCUUUGGCAAGAUCAAAUCCUGCACCCUGGCCAGGGACCCCACCACAGGGAAGCACAAAGGCUACGGCUUCAUUGAGUAUGAGAAGGCCCAGUCCUCCCAGGAUGCCGUGUCCUCCAUGAACCUGUUUGACCUGGGGGGUCAGUACCUGCGCGUGGGCAAGGCUGUGACACCCCCAAUGCCACUGCUGACCCCUGCCACACCUGGGGGGCUGCCCCCUGCAGCUGCUGUCGCUGCUGCCGCUGCCACCGCCAAGAUCACAGCACAGGUGUGACCCCUGCCCGGCCGCCCAUCCCAGUGACCAUCCCGCAGGUGGGCGUUGUGAACCCCAUCCUGGCCAGCCCCCCAGCGCUGGGGCUGGUGGAGGUGAAGAAGGAGAAUAAGGAGGAGGAGGAGGUGUUCCAGGAGUCGGAGCGGCCGGAGAUGCUGAGCGAGCAGGAGCACAUGAGCAUCUCGGGCAGCAGCGCCCGCCACAUGGUCAUGCAGAAGCUGCUGCGCAAGCAGGAGUCCACGGUGAUGGUGCUGCGGAACAUGGUGGAUCCCAAGGACAUCGAUGACGACCUGGAGGGAGAGGUGACGGAGGAGUGCGGCAAGUUCGGGGCUGUCAACAGGGUGAUCAUCUACCAGGAGAAGCAGGGCGAGGAGGAGGACGCUGAGAUCAUCGUCAAGAUCUUUGUGGAGUUCUCCAUGGCCUCAGAGACUCACAAGGCCAUCCAGGCGCUCAAUGGGCGCUGGUUCGCGGGCAGGAAGGUGGUGGCCGAGGUCUAUGACCAGGAGAGGUUCGACAACAGCGACCUCUCAGCAUGAACUGCGCCCCGGGGCUGGGGCUGGGCCUGGAGAUGGGCCUGGACCUGAUCCUGGGGCUGGGGAUGGGCCUGGGCCUGGGAUUUGGAUUGGGCCUGGAUCUGAUCCUGGGGCUGGGAUGGGCCUGAGCCUGGGGAUGGGCCUGGGCCUGGGCCUGGAUCUGAUCUGGAGCUGGGACUGGGCCUGAGCCUGGAUCUGAACCUUGGCCUGGGGCUGGGCCUGACUCUGAUCCUGGGGAUGGGCCUAGACCUGAUCCUGGGCCUGGGCUGGGAUUGGGCCUGGAUCUGAUCCUGGACCCUGGGGAUGGUCCUGGGGCUGGGCCGGGAUCUGAUCCUGGGGCUAGGGAUGGGCCCAACUCUGAUCCUGGAUCCUUGAUGCAGGAAAUGGGCCCUACUCUGAUCCUAGGGCAGGGUUGGGCUUGGAUCUGGGGAUGGGCCCAGCUCUGAUCCCAGGGCUUGGCUGGGCUUGUCUCCUGGGAAUUGGUUUAUCUGUGAUCCCAGAGCCUGGUUGAGCUCAGAUCCAGGGAAAUGGUCCAGCUCUCAUCCCAGGGCUUGGCCAGGCUCUGAUCCAGAGAAUCAGCCCAGCUCUGUCCAAGGAAUUGGCCAAGCUCAGAUCCAGGGAAUUGGCCCAGCUCUGAUCCCAGGGCUUGGCCAAGCUCUGCUCUGGGGCUGGCCCUGCCCCCUCUGCCUCCCGGGGUUUUUGUAGCCGCGUGUAAAGAACAUUCCAGGACAUUCCAGGGCGGGCACGGGGAUCUGUUGUCUGGGGAGUUGAGAUAAAAACACAGAGAAAGCCGGUGUCA